AUGGCCGGAGAGGCCCCAGUAGCAGGACGAGAGGGAAGGAGUGAACGCCCAGGCCGUGUGGUUGAGUCUUCCGUGCAGCAGAAUACGGACGGCCAAGGAGCUCUGGAGAAUCCCGAAAACACAACAGGAGUUCCCGUAUCUGCGGACCGCGCAGAGACGACACAUCACCCUGUCGGCCGAAAGAAUCGAAAACCAGUGUUUUCAGCCCCCAAGGAAUCCACGACUACGAGUGGAAAAGAGAGACGAGGCGAGCCCCACAGUUCGCCGGUGUCCGGUGAAGUGUCUGCAGCCCUGCCGGAGACUCUACAGAAGCGGCUUGACUCAGCUCAGGAGAACGGCAGUGACGUCGAAAAGGCAACAGUGAAGGAUCUCAAUCGGCUCGUGUCUCGAGCCCUGGAACAGCAAGUAUCACUGGACAAAGAGUGGACGCGGUACGAGUCGGUUGAGGUAGAGCGUUUGAGGCUGCUUGAUAACAGAGGCGACAGCAGAUUGCUCGUAGACACUCACCGCCACAACCUUCGGGAGGCACGAGCGGAAUUCUACACGCAUUGGAAUCAUCUCGACCAAGCUGCAUAUUUACUCCAGCUACAGCUGUCAAAUAUGGAUAUUGGCCGUUUGCAUGCUCGCACCACCAUCGGUGCGCUGACGCCCGCCCAGCAGGGCAAUGGCGCCAGCGAGAGCGUUUCUACAGGCUUUGUUGGAGAGCGUAAUGCGGGGGAUGACAGGAAAGCAGCAGUGGAAGGAAGAACUCUAGGCGUGCGGAUAGAUGGCGAGAUGCAGGGUGACGCGGCGGUUACUGGUGGGAAAGCCUGGAUGACUUUCGUACACCCGACGGAGCUAUUAGUCUUUGCAAGCCGCGUUCAGCAACUCCUCACAGAGCAAGCGCACCUCACAGAGUUUCUCCAGUCACUUACCGUACUUCAGAACCACCGGCUAGUGCAGCUGCAAAAGAUGGCGUCCGACCAGCCACCCAGGCAGGGAAAAAAAGAACCUGGUUCACUCCGACCGUCCCACAUCAAAAAGUCCCGUCCGCAACGAGUGCCGCGACGAACUUCCGCGCGCGGCCAGUUUGCUCCGGCAGACACACUCGACACAGAACCAUGGCACGCCAACACCGAUGUCGCAACAUUGGGUGGCAGUAUCGUCUUCAGUGCAGCGAAACUGGGGACAGACCCGCACGUGCAUAGUUUUCCGCUUCAGAGGCCGGCCGUAGAAGCCGCGCCAGCGCACAGCCUGCACGACGGGGCUGCAAAGGAGCCGACGACCUCGCAGCCUCAAAGCAGGCAGCCUAAAAAGGGCAAGAGGGCUGUGGUGGGUGGAUUUGAGGUGCAUGACGACCCCCAGGAAACAGUAACGUCGGCGCUGCUUCGUUUCCUCUCCAACACGUUGACGCCAGCUGACGUUAAUGGCCUAGUGCCCGGGGCAGCUGGACGCCGCACACAGGGCGUUGGAGGUCUUGCUGAGGCGACAGGUCGCGGUAGAAUGGAGUGGAUCACGGACUCCACAGUAUUUGCAGAUCGUACACUGAAUGAAGUGCUGGAAGACGAAAUGCGGGAAAGGGCGUUUCGGCCAGCGCCGGAACACCGGGGCGAAAAUUGGGGGAGCACUCGACUAGGACACAAACACGGAAGCCCCGAGGAAAUCGCCAGCUCCGCUGUUUUAGUUGCCGUCCAGUUCGCAGACCACGCGGCGGCUCUUUCCGUGUACUACGAUCGGGUGGAACACGAGGGGGAAGCGAAAGCAAAAAUGAAGCCAGAGGUCGGCGUACCGCAGGAAAUUGUGUUCCAGUACGCAUUCGACAACGUGCCCCUUGAGCACAAACGAUAUUUGUGGAAAGAGUACCUUCAAAUUCAGCUGGACGACCGUGGCUACGAGAUCAUUCUGCCAGAGGAACCUCCACAAGAACACGGGGAUGCCGCAGAGACGAAAGGACCCUCUGAUUUUGAUGCGGGUCGUGCGCACAGAUUCGAUGAACCUCCAAGCGACGAGGUAAACUUCAGUCGCGAGGAUUCGAAGACUCAUGAGUCGCUUUCACUGAGUGAAGCUGAUGAGACAACUCCUCCCGGAGAGAAUGUUACUGAAGACGUCGAUGCGCACCCCAGACUCAUGCUUAACGAACUCCUCCAGCGUCUAAUGGAUGAGGACCGGGAGAACGGCACCCGGCAGGAAAACUCGCACGGCAUUCGCGCUCUGAAAAUGGAGCUGCCUGGGUUGUCUGCAGAAGAACUAGGAAACCUAGCAGGUAUUGGGGGCGAGGAAGGGAGUCUCUUUCCCUAUGUGAAGGAUGAACUCGAUUCCAAGAGCAAGCUCGCGGAUUUCCUUAUCGCUCACGCAGGUCUCGGAGGGGGCGAUCGCUCGCUGUUCCGCGAGCAAUCGUGGAAAUCCGAAGACAGUCUACACUACGAUGACAGCGAGCUGGAUACGCUACGCGAUGAGAAUGGUGAUGACGACGCGGUUUUUGACUGGCUAUGGGAUCUCGAUUUCAUUGUUAUCUAG